AUACCACACCACACCAUUGUGAUCCCAUGAAUGAGUCUCAAAACUGUGUUUUAAGACGAAGUGGAAAAAAAGAAAAGGAAGGAAAAGAAAAGAAAAGGCAAUAGAAAGAUGUAAAGCAUGAGGGGCCAGUCAAAGGUCAAAGAAUCGGCAAAAGAUCGGCAACCCCAUAGAUUUUAAUUUACAACUCCCAUAUCUCUACAAAACAAACACACACUUAUAGUGUCAGCAUUUCCACAGUAUCAGAGAACAAGAAGAAACUCUGUCCUUUAAGUUAAAUCUCUCUCUUUCUCACACACACGCGGUGGGUGCUUAGUAGAAGAAGAUAUAGGGGAUCUAAUGGAGUACGGGAGGAUUCACAAAGUACAGACUGGUAUAAUAUCUCCAAGUAAGCUGAGGAUGAAGCUUAUAGGGCCUCACCAUCAGAAGAAGAAAGAAGGAUCAAAUAGUAAUUCCUCAAGAACUUCACCAGCCAGACUUGAGGAUUCAGAAUUUGUCAACAACAGUUUGCUGGCUGCUCAAAGUGGAGAUUUUGAGGAAGAAUAUUCCAAUUUAGAAGCUACAAGAAAUAAAUUGCCGGGAAAUUCGUUCCAAAAUUGUAGACAAGGUGAUGGGAAUUUGAAUUCAUGUCUGCCGAAAGAAACUGGGGAUGCUGCUCGUGUGAAAAGGCAGCAAUCUUCCAAGAUGGAUGGCGGAAAUUCCAGUUCAGUUCAUCCUGUUAAAGGAUGUGAAGAUGAGAAUUUUGAUUAUGACAGCACAUCCAGCUUUGAGUUUCAUAAAGGGGAGAGAUCAAUGCACCACAACUCCAUAACAGCGAGGUCAUUUUCACGGCCCAUGUCUUCCAAGUGGGAUGAUGCGGAGAAGUGGAUAAUGAAUAGGCAAAAUGUGCAAGCUAAUUAUUCCAAGAAGGAUCAAUUGCAGAACCAAGCAUACCAGGGGCCUGCCUCUAGCAUGGGUAGAGUUGCUCCAGAAUCUAGUAGUUAUGAGAGUAAAUUAGCAGUUAAGAAGGUUGAUUUUUGUCUGCCUGCAUAUCAGAUAGCGCCUGAGAAGUUUGAUUUUGAUCAACCUGGUUCUCAAAGUCGAGGAAAUGGGCUGAAUGCCUUGUCACUUGAUCUUUUCCCUGAAAGUAAGGAUUUGACCGAGGUGAUCAGCGGAGAUUCUUCUUGUACAAAGAGUUUGACCGAAGAUAGAACAGUUGGGCCUGCAAUAAGAUCAGUCUCCAUGAGAGAUAUGGGAACAGAAAUGACACCUAUUCCAAGUCAAGGGCCUUCAAGAACAGCUACACCUGUUGGUGCAACAACUCCACUCCGCAGCCCCACUUCUUCAAUCCCAUCUACACCUCGUAGAGGAGAGCCAGCUCUGACACCUACUGAGAAUUACAUUGACAAUGCUUCUCAAACGUCAACAGAAAACAAUAAAAGGGAAUUGUCGGAGGAAGAAUUAAAGGUGAAGACAAGAAAAGAGAUUGUAGCCCUUGGUGUCCAACUUGGUAAAAUGAAUAUAGCUGCUUGGGCGAGCAAAUAUGAGAAGGAUAAAAGCAAUGGUGCUGCUGCUGAGGCUGAACGAAUGGAAUAUGCCAGAAGGGCAGCUGCUUGGGAGGAAGCGGAAAAGUCAAAACACACUGCAAGAUAUAAGCGUGAAGAGAUAAAAAUUCAAGCUUGGGAAAGCCAGGAGAAAGCAAAGCUAGAAGCGGAAUUGAGGAAAAUAGAGGCACAAGUUGAACAAAUGAGAGCACAAGCUCAAGCAAAAAUGGUGAAGAAGAUUGCAAUGGCAAGGCAAAAGUCAGAAGAAAAGCGCGCUGCAGCUGAAGCUAGAAGAAAUCAGCAAGCUGAAAAAACUACACAGCACGUUCAAUACUUACGCCAAACAGGUCGACUUCCAUCUUCGUCUUUCACGUGUUGUGGCUGGUUAUGAUAAGAUCAAGAAGCAACUGCAAUGCUAAUCGUAAUCUGGUUAUGAUAAGAUCAAGAAGCAGCUGCAAUGCAGAUCGUAAUCAAGUUUCACAUGCACAUUAAUCUUGCGAGUUAGCCUCUCUUAUACUGUCUGAUUUUUAGUAACAGAAAGUAUAGUAUCAUACUGAAAACUAUCCAUCCUUGCAUCUAUUUUUUUGCAACCCGCAAAUGUAAGUUUUUACAUGGAAUGAAGUUUGGUUUGUUAAUUGA